AUGUGGUGGUGCUGUUCUUCUUCCGCUAGUUCAGGACCGAUGGCUGCAAUACGCAAAAAAUUAGUGAUUGUUGGUGACGGUGCAUGUGGUAAAACAUGCCUGUUGAUCGUGUUUAGUAAAGAUCAAUUCCCGGAAGUGUAUGUGCCGACAGUAUUUGAAAACUACGUCGCCGACAUAGAAGUUGACGGUAAACAGGUGGAGCUAGCCUUAUGGGAUACGGCCGGCCAAGAGGAUUAUGACAGGCUGCGACCACUUUCAUACCCGGAUACUGACGUGAUUCUCAUGUGCUUCUCAGUGGACUCUCCCGACUCGCUCGAGAAUAUCCCGGAGAAGUGGACACCAGAAGUGAAACACUUUUGCCCUAAUGUGCCCAUAAUUCUUGUGGGCAACAAGAAGGAUCUACGUAAUGACCCGGCCACAAUUAAUGAGCUCCGUAAGAUGAAACAGGAACCUGUCAAGCCUCAAGAAGGUCGUGCUAUGGCCGAGAAAAUUAACGCAUUCGCAUACCUCGAGUGCUCUGCCAAGAGCAAGGAAGGCGUUCGCGAAGUGUUCGAGACGGCGACUCGCGCCGCGUUACAAGUUAAGAAGAAGAAGAAGACUAGGUGUUCUCUGCUG